AUGUCUGCAUCACAUUUGCAGCAAUUAAUAGGCUUAUUGAGCUUGAUCCUUCUAAUAUCAUCCUCUUCAUGUUUAACUCAUAAGCAUUCUAGCCAUUCUAAUGGUCCAAAGCUCUCCUCCUCCAGUUCUUCUCGCCGGAAAACAGUAAACGUCGAUCAUUUUGGAGCCAAGGCCAACGGUCUCGACGACAGUGAGGCAUUUAGUAAAGCAUGGAAAGAGGCAUGUGGGAGUAGACAUAGUAAUGUUUUAUUAAUCAUCCCCAAGAACAGGACUUACCAUCUUAACCCAAUUACAUUUACAGGCCCUUGUGCCAAAACUACUUCUCUUUUGAUGCAGAUGGAUGGGACAAUCAAAGCUUCAAACCGUAUGUCGGAUUAUAAGAAAGACAGAGCACAUUGGAUUAUGUUUAAGGAUCUUAGAAAUUUUAAGGUUCAAGGUACAGGAACCUUUAAUGGUAAUGGUCAUAUAUGGUGGCAAAAGUCUUGUAAAGUUAAUGAGUCACUUCCUUGUGAAGAAGCUCCAACGGCGGUUACUUUUCAUGGAUGUCAUAACUUAGUCGUUGAAGGGGUGAGAUUCAAGAAUUCUCAGAAAAUGCAUGUUUCAUUUCAAGAGUGUGUAAAUGUUAGAGCAUCGAAACUUAAAGUCGUAGCUCCUGAGACCAGUCCCAACACUGAUGGAAUUCAUGUAACUGACACCAAAAACAUAUGGAUAACCAGGUCUUCAAUUAAAACAGGUGAUGACUGUAUUUCAAUUGUAAGUGGAUCGAAGGAUGUGAAAGCAACUGAUAUAAAAUGUGGUCCGGGACAUGGGAUCAGUAUUGGAAGCUUAGGGAAAGGAAAUUCAGAAGCCCAUGUCUCCAAUGUAAUGAUCAAUCGGGCUAAGCUUUCAGGAACUACCAAUGGUGUCAGAAUCAAGACUUGGCAGGGAGGAAAAGGGUAUGCCAAGAACAUCAUAUUUCAGAAUAUUGAAAUGCAAAACGUGACAAAUCCCAUAAUCAUAGAUCAAAAUUACUGUGACCAAGAACAACCAUGCGAAAAACAGGGCACAGCAGUUCAAGUGGAAAGUGUGACUUACAGAAACAUCAUAGGAACAAGUAACUCUGAAAACGCAAUAUAUUUUGACUGCAGCGAGGCUUAUCCAUGCAAAGGAAUAGUACUUGAAGAUAUAAACUUAAGCAUCCAAUCGAGUGAUGAAAGUGCUGGAGCUUCCUGCAAUAACGUUCAAUUCUCGAGAAAAGGAUCAGUUUCACCACAAUGUUCUUCAAACUAAUAAAGAUUUAAAAACAUUAUUGUCAUUCAUACAUUUGGUAGAA